CUGAGCCCUGCCUGGAGGGACAGGGGGAGGGGGAAGGGCAGGACCUGAGACUCUCAGUCAGCCCUGGCUCGAGACUCAUCUCAGCCUCACUCUUUGCUCCUGAAGCCUGUGAGGAACCAGUGCUCAGCCUGUUGACCGGGACAGGCCCUCCUGAUACUUGUAUAGCUCAUGAGCACCUGGGCACCAAGCCCAGCAUCCAGACAUGUGCUUUGCUAAGGAACAACAGAAAGAGAGAAGAAUGGAUGCCAGUGAGAAGCAGCAGGACCUUGUCAGUGCAGACCUAGAUGUAGAACGGAAGCCAGGUUAUGUUUCUGUCAGAGGUCUCAGAGCACUGUCUGGGUGCAGGGUGGAGGUGACAGUAGUGUUGAUACUGGUGGUUCUAGGUCUGACAGCUGCUGUUUCUGCUUUGGCAGUUUCAGGUCUGACAAGUCACUCUCAGCAACAAUGCCCUGCCUGGUGUCCAGCAGGCUGGAUUGGGUAUCAAAGGAAAUGCUAUUACUUCUCAGAGAUCGAAAAGUCCUGGAAUGAGAGCCAGAGACACUGCUCUUCUCUUGGGGCCUCCCUGGCUAUGAUUGACAGCCAAGAGGACCUGGCCUUCAUGAUGAGGUAUAAAGGCAUCGCUGAGCACUGGGUUGGCCUGUGGAGGGGGAAUGAGGGACAGCCAUGGAAGUGGACAAAUGGCACCGGAUUCAGUCACAGGUUUCCUAUACGAGGAGGGGGUGGCUGUGCAUACCUGAAUGACAAGGCGGUCAGCUCCUCAAGGUGCACCACCGAGAGGCACUGGGUCUGCAGCCUCCAGAGCACACGCACAGCAGAUCUGGAAGAUACUACACAAGGGAGCCAGGUGCUGAAACACCUCUGACAUCUGUUCACAAGGUGAUAGUGAAGAAACCAUCCCAUGUACAACUUGCCCCAAGUGUAAAUCACACGCAAGGCUGUGGGACCCAUCUAUAAAAUUAAUUAGGUUCAUCAGCACUCGUCCAGAGAAGACAAGACAGGGGGAAUUUGAUAGCAACAUUUACUACCUGAAGGAUGGUCCAAAGAAGAUAGAGUGAGACUUUUUUCAAUGGUGGCAGAUACAGAACAAGGAGCAAUGGGCUUAAGUUGCAGCAAGGGAGGUUUAGGUUGAAUAUUAGGGGGAAAAAACUUUCUCACUAGUGUGGUGGUGAAGCACUAAAAUGGGUUACCUAGAGAAGUGGUG